UUUUUUUUUUAUAUAUAUGGAGAAAUCCUAUGCCUUUUACAAAAUUAUAUAUUUACGUACAAUCAUCCACAUAAACUGAAAAAGUACAAAUAUCCUAUAAAUAUAUUAUAGAUGAACGCAGAAGAACCGCUCCUUACUGGAUCUUUGGACCAUGAACGGUAUGAUGCCAUCACGCAACAUCCUUCCAAGGGCCAACUUGGAUAUGAAGUUACAAUUAAAAGUGAAAGUAAGUUUAUACUUAAAUCUGUUGGUCCAUUAGCGGUGACAUUUUUCCUUCAAAGUUUACUCUCAAUAACCACUAUUUUCGCCGCUGGAAGAUUAGGUCCUCGAGAAUUAUCUGCUGCUACAUUAGCAGUGUGUACCUUUAAUAUUACUGGAUUAGCUGUUUAUCAAGGUAUGGCUACAUGUCUUGAUUCCUUUUGUUCACAGGCUUAUGGCGCUCAGAAACCAUUACAUGUUGGGAUGUAUUUCCAAAGAUGUUCGCUCAUGAUGCUUGUAUUCACUGUAUUCCCAUUACUGUUCAUUUGGUGGUAUUCUGGAUCAUUCUUGAAAAAGUUAAUCCCAGAUGAAGAACUUGCAAUGAUGGCUCAAUCAUAUUUGAGAAUAAAUAUAAUUGGUGCACCUGGAUUAUUAUUAUUUGAAACUGGUAAAAGAUAUUUACAAGCGCAACAUAUUUUCAAUGCAGGAACCUAUGUAUUAUUGAUUGUUGCACCAUUGAAUUUCCUUUUCAAUUGGUUACUUGUAUGGCAUCCAGUAACUGGGUUAGGUUUUAUUGGUGCCCCCAUUGCAGUUUCUAUUAUUUAUUGGCUUACCUCAAUCUUACUAUUAUGUUAUGUUUUAUUCAUUGACGGUAAAAAAUGUUGGGGAGGAAUUGAUUUUGUAAAAUCUUGUCAAAAUUGGCAUCCAAUGCUUAAACUUGCAUUGCCAGGGUUAAUUAUGGUUGAAGCUGAAUAUUUGGCGUUUGAAAUCUUGACGAUUUUUGCAGCAUCAUUCGGAACUAACCAAUUGGCUGCACAAUCGAUUGCUGCCAAUGUUGGUUCAUUGGCUUUUCAACUUCCAUUUGCUGCAGCUGUUGCUAUUUCCACCAGAAUUGGUCAUUUUGUAGGUAUGGAAGAUAUUCAUGCUGCUAAAUUGGUUACUAGAAUUUCAUUUGGUCUUGGAUAUUUAUUAGCGUUGUUUAAUUUUUGUGUGGUAUUUUUUGGAAGAAGAUUUUUAGGUACUUUAUUAACAUCAUCAGAAGAAGUAUUAGUUAUCAGUGAUCAUAUUUUGACAUUGGUAGCUAUCAAUCAAGUUUCUGAUAAUGUCAAUGUGAUGUGUGCAGGUGUGUUGAGAGGACAAGGUAGACAAAGAAUAGGAUCAUUAUUAAACCUUGUAUCUUACUACGUUGUGGCAUUACCAGUGGGGUAUUAUCUUGCCUUUUGUGCAAACUUUCAAUUAUCUGGGUUAUGGGUAGGAAUCAUUCUGGGGGUAUUUACAUUGGCAGUUUCUGAAACUGUGAGCAUUAUAAAGUGUAAUUGGGUUCAAGUUCUUAUUGAUACAAAGGCUAGUCAUGAUCAUUGAUAGAGACUGGUCGAACCGUGUAU